GUGGAUUCCUUGGAGGCAGGUGCCAAUCUUAAUGAUAUCAUUCCUAAUAAACAUCCUAAACAUCACAGGGACUGUUAGCAUAUCUUGUUUCUAACCAGUAUUUGCUGCUCAAGUUGUUCAUAGCCCCCUCUCUGCUUCUACAGUUUAAUGUUCUAUGUGUGUUCCUAACACGCAUAGAACUCAAAGGUGAAAGAGACUCAAAGACUCAAAGGUGAAAGAGGCCUUAAUCAUUCAAUGUCGUUAUCUUCUUCAACUAAAGAUACUGAGCCAAGAGCAGUCAGCCAAUUUCCCCAACAAAUGCUGGGUCAAGAACUAUUUCUGGCCUUCAUAUCUCUCUCUCUCUCUCUCUCUCUCUCUCUCUCUGUGUGUGUGUGUGUGUGUGUGUGUGUGUGUGUGUGUGUGUGUGUAGGAGAGCAAAGGACAGCUUGCUAAAGCUGGUUCCCUCCUUCUACCAAUGUGGGUCCCAGGGAUCAGACUCACUCCUCAGACUUGGCAGCAAGCUUCUUCACCCAAUGGGUCACCCCAGAUUGAAUUUAUGACACAAUUUGUACCACAUUAAUCCUUCAGCUGUGCUCACAUGGGAUGAUCAUCAUCUAAAAUUAUUUGUUUCAAUUUUCAUUUUUUGGAGUGCAUGAGCUAGAAAGACAUUGGAGUAUCCUGUUAAGUUUGUGGUCUUUUAACUUACCUCAUAACUAAAUAUUGAUUAAACUGUUAUUUGGGGAUGGAAGUAUGACUCAGUAGUACAUAGUGGUUACAUGCUUGCUUAUGUGGGGUCUGGGUUUAGUUGAAAGGUUUUGUUUCUACUUCAAGUGGAAGGGUUUAGAGCUGGAAGGUUUUACCUAGUUGUAUUCUCAACUUUAAGUUUUAAUAAUUUGUGAGUUUUAUAGAGGUCUUCAAACAUAAGCUUUACUUUGUUUCUAGGUUUCCUCAUUCUUUAUAUGGGCUUCAUCACUUGUAAUCCCUUCCGACAGCUGUGGUUAGCUCGCUAAUAACAGAGGAAUAUCAGCAAGGAGACAAUGGCAAAUCUACAAAUGAAAGAGGCAGCCCUUGUCUAUCUUGACAGAAGUGGGGGCCUUCAAAAGUUUAUGGAUGACUGCAAGUCCUACAAUGAUUCAAAACAAAGUUAUGCUGUUUAUCGGUUCAGUGUUUUAGUAAACCCCUCUGAUGUUGUCGAAUUAGAUGCUGAGCUUGGAAAUCACAUUUUACACCAUCCCUUAAAAGCUGCUCAAGUUUUUCAAUCAGUCUGCUUCGUUGCUGUCAAGACUCUCUCCUUAAUUGGACAGUUACAGACUGAAACUCAAAUCAGUAUUGUGCUGAAGUUAACACACUUACCAGCCCUGCCGAGUUAUAGUCUUGACCUUUGUGAGUUUCCACUUAGUUAUACAUCUCGGAGAUUUUAUACGAUGCAAGGAAUUGUGAUUGCAAUGACAACUGUAACCAAGUACACACAAGGUGCAAGAUUCCUCUGCUCAGAUGAAGUCUGCCCUCUUUCCAAAGGAUUUCAGUAUAUAAGAGUCCAUGUGCCUGGUGCUACGGAAUCUGCAACAGUAAGAAAUGACUUUCUGUGCCGUCUGUGCGCUUCUUCCCUUCAAGAAGACAGAAAAUUUAGAGUGCUUGGUGAUAAACAGAUAGUUGAAAUCAUUACCACAAAAGCGCUUCAUGCUUUUCAAGGAGAUUGUAAAAAACAGCCAUUUAGGUAUCAGUCACUUAGUAUUUUUCUAAGAGUUAGCUUGAGAUGUUCAAUGCUUGUGUUCAGGUGUGAGAGGGGAAUUAAGGGAGAGAAGGGUCUCUCACAGAAUGCUGUGCUCAUCCAGUGUGCUAGCCUGGCCUCUGAGCUCCAGGAAUUACCUGCCUCCCCACUAGACCACUUAGCACUGAGGUUGCAGAAUUUCUGUCAUUUUUAUUUUCUUUCAGUUCCUUCGGGAAUUAGUGACAACUUUAGGUGUCUCCUGUCCUUGACUUCUGCUUCAUGUUGGAAAUUCACGGCAGUACUUGCCAAUGUCUUUGCAUCACAGAUCAUUCCUCCUGGGACUUACAAUUUGCUCAAACUCUGUUUGCUGAUGAGUCUAGUACAGACAAGCAAUGGCAACAGGGACCCACAAGACUGCCUGGAUAUUUUAAUUAUAACCAGUGACACUCUGCUUGUAGAUAGACUUUUGAAUUAUAGCAUGAAUCUUGUCUCCCGUGGUAUACGUCACCCUGUCUCUACUGAAGUUUUUCCUACUGUGUCUAGAAAUAAAUAUGGAACUGGAGCAGUGAGCAUUCAAGCCGGCAGUGCUCUGCUAGCUAAGGGUGGGGUCUGCUUCAUAGGAGACCUUACAUCACAUAAGAAAGACAAACUCGAACAGCUUCAGUCAGUUUUGGAGAGCAGAAGCAUCACAGUCUUCAUCCCAGGAAAGAAGUUUGGGGAUGAUAUCGACCAGCAGAUGACUUUCCCUGUUCAGUGCAGUUUUUGGUCUUUUGUUGAUAUGGAUUCAUCUUCAAGGAGAACUGUGCAGAAAACCAGUGCUCUGAUUGGCCAGAUGGAUUGCAGUUUGAUUCCGGCUAAUCUUGUGGAGGCCUUUGGAUUGUUGAUUAACUGCAAUGAAUCAUCUCCUUGCCACCCACUUCUUCCUACUGUGCAGCAUACUUUAAAGAAAGCUAUGGAGCCCGAGGGGUUGCUUUAUUUAGCUUCUCAAGAGUUCACAACUGAAGAUUUUCAAAAGCUCCUGGCUUUUGCACAGAAUUUGAAUAUAGAAUUCAGCUUAGAGGCAGAAAGAAUGAUUCACGGCUAUUAUCUAGCAAGUCGCAGAAUCAGAGCAGACUCUAUACACGGAUCGAAGCUGUCAGCAUCUGCAUUAAAAUACUUAGUUUCUUUAUCUGAAGCUCAUGCUCGACUGAACUUAAGGAAUAAAGUACUCAAGGAGGAUGUGCUGAUCGCAGCCUUAUUGUUUGAAAUGUCUCUCACGCUGAAAUAUGGGGCCAGUGCAUUCUGUGUUGCUCCCAAUGCAUUGUUUCCAUUUGAACUGUAUAAUGAAGAGUAUUUAGAGCAGAGAGACCUCUACCUGACUCAGUGCCAGCAGCAGCUCCAGCAGUUUAUCGCUACAUGCGGACCUGGGACAGCUCUCUUUUCUACUGACGAAUAAAGCAAUCUGAGAGAAGGGUUUCUUCUCAUGCCUGUCAGCCUUGGCUAACUGUGUGAGUGACUCUGGAGUCAUGCUCAGCUGGGUAUGGUCUUGAGGUAUCUAGUAGAAUGCCAUUCAGAGUACAAAAUGUGGCCCCUCCAUAACUAACAAAUGAUCCAAAUAUCCAAAACCAACAGAAGUUUUUUUUAAUUUGCACAUUAAAUUACCAGAGUCACAUCAGUACUUCCUGGUUACCCUAGUUGUAUCAAAGAUACACACACAGUAGGGAACAUAGAUAGCAGUGUGAAAAAAGGUCCCAUCCACUCCAUCAGUACAUACCAUGCUUAACUUACACAAUUGAUGAGUUCAAAUCACAAUUUUUAUAAUCCAGUGCCUAAUGUAAAGCCUUUUGAUAGUUUAUCAAGGGCAUUAUGGAUAUAUUGCUUUAUAAGCUCAAGUAUGAAGUCAAGGAAAGAUGUGGACUUCUUACAUAUACCCUUUAUACAACCAGUGACUGGAAAGACCUCCUGGGGGCCAAUGGUCUUCCUGCCUCCAAUUAGCUGGUCUACAGGGUCCUACAGUGCCUGACUUUUGUAUUACGAAGUAUUGGCUCUGAUGAGCAGGUUAACGACAGCACAUACAAGUCCUGUUUGUGCUUUUUCAUGUGAAAGGUAAACCAACCAACCCCCUUAACACACACAGAGUACCUCUCACAACCAAAGUCUAGCAUUAGGAAUAACCCCUUCCUCCCCUCCCCGUAACAAACCCAGGGCCUUGUGCCAGUUAAGCAACCACUUCCUCAGCCCUUAAUACAAAGGCUUUUAAAUGCCCCAAGUCAUCAGAAUGUUGAUGUGUUCUUAUGCUAUUUACUAAACCCAGGAACUCAAGAGGCUAAAAAUUUAAGUCUUCACUUGAAAUUGGUUCAGACUUGUCAAGUGACUUCCUACAGUGUACCCCAGCUACCGUACCAGAGAGACUGCUGAGCACUGUCCCCUACAGUGUACCCGGUACCUGGGCUGUGGACAAAUAAAACGAAGCUCAAAAGACAUACACUUUAAAGAAAUUACUACCCACACAGUUAGCUACUUAUUACUACAUAAUUUAUUGAUUACUAUAAAACAAAACACUAAUUCAUCAUUUGCUUCUGUUCACGGAUUCUUGACCAAUUCUUCAUUUCACCAUCCACAAUGUAUGCUGCACCU